CAGUUCAUCUCCACUUCAUCUCAUCGCAAUAAGACAAAGUUAGACAGCCAACUUACUUAACAUACCCAUCGUCUAUACCAAUUAUCAAUUACUACUGCGAUGUCGAACGAUACAGAGAUUGAUCCUAGUGUCCCAGCUAGUCAGCGGUCUUCGUGGACUUCUUUCCUUAAAGCGAUUGCGAGCUUUACGGGUGACCUCUCGUCGCUUACUGCUCCGCCGUUCAUCCUUUCUCCGACUUCGUUGACGGAGUUCCCUGCGUAUUGGUGCGAACGGCCUCAGCUCUUUGCGGAUAUUGCGGAUGGUCCGACACCUGAGGAUAGAGCGCUUAGAGUGCUCAAGUGGUUCAUCAGUACGCUCAAAGGCCAAUACACAACCCGCAAUGAAUCCAUGGGUUCCGAAAAGAAACCCUUAAACCCCGUGCUAGGCGAACUCUUCUACGGCUAUUGGCCAGACAAAAACGGUCGAGGCCGUACAGACCUCGUAGUCGAACAAGUCUCACACCACCCACCUAUCACAGCAUACUACAUCACAAACAAAUCAAAGGGUAUCGAGUUACAAGGGCAUAACGCGCAAAAGACAUCAUUCAGCCGAGCCAGUAUCAUCGUCAAACAAAUCGGUCAUGCCGUCCUUACGCUUACUUUACCUGGAGGAGAAAAAGAGAGGUAUUUGAUUAACUUCCCGAGACUUGUGAUUGCAGGGUUGUUAGUGGCGAGUCCGUAUAUUGAACUUUCGGAGAGUUCGUAUAUCGUUUCGAGUACGGGGUACGUGUCUACGAUUGAGUAUUCUGGGAAAGGGUACUUUUCGGGGAAAGCACAUACUUUCAAAGCGACCGUCACGAACCCGAAAUUAUCUUCCUCAGGCAGUACACCUCCACCGCUAUACGUAUUCGAAGGCCAAUGGGACGCUAUUUCGAAAAACAGCAAAUCUGGAGAAGAAUUUACGAACGUUACUACGCCCAAGGAAGAAGUGACUGUCCAACCUGUUGAAAGUCAGAAAGAUGAGUUUGAGAGUAGGAGGCUUUGGAAGAAGGUUGCGGAUGGGAUACGGAGUGGGGAUUUUGAGACUGCGAGUCGGGAGAAGAGUAAGAUUGAGAAUGAGCAGAGGCAGAGGAGGAGAGAUGAGCAGGCGAGGGGGGAGAAGUGGCCGAUGAAACAUUUUAUGAGGGUGGAGAGUGAUCCGGAGUAUGAGGAACUUGGGAAACUCGUCAAAGCGAACCCACCAACAGAGGACUGCUAUGUCUACUUGCGCAACGCGCCGCCUAUAGAAUGAACGGCGACGCUUCGAUAUGUGCUCGGGGUGGGGAUUUAAUCUGUCUCUUUUCUCCCUUUCUCCUUACUUAUACUUCUUUUGAUCGUAACGUGAAGGUGAAGGUGAAGAUGAUGGAGGUGAAAGGGGUUUUGGAUUGGACAAGUGUGUUUUGGUUGGUUCUGGUAGAGGCAGAAUCAGAUACUUAGAUGGACUGGAGUUUUCGUUACAAUUUUCUUUCUUUCUUUUUCUUGAUUUGAUUUGAUUUUUGAUUUGAUUUGUUGAUCCUUUACAUUGAUACAUUACUAGUUUUGUUUUAGAGAAUCAUUGAUUCUGAAUCCUGA